AUACUCAGCUGUACAGUGUUUUUCUCCGCGUUAUUUCCCGCAGUAUAACAAUGUGAAUGUAUUUAAAUGCCGCUCGUAUCAUCCGCGAGAGGAGUGAUGUAUCUCGCGCGCACUCAGCUGCGUGCUGAGAUAUUUUUUAUCUUAAGGUAGUUCACCGGCUGCAGUGGUGCUCAAAUAGGGUUUUUAUUAGAAAAUUCCUUUUUUCAGAUAUUAUACAGUGUUAUCUAAUGUCAAAACCUUAUAAUUCAUAGUAUCAAACAUUAGAAUGGUGAUGUAAAUUGUUUAGAGUAUAAAAUACUCUCAAAACUUGUAAGAGGGAGAAACAGUGCGCGCCUGUAUAGAUAUACUGCAUAUAGCAUGGGAUGAAAAAUUUGAAUUGUUGUAUCUUAAAAAAAAGCCUCGUUUGCCCUAUCCAACUUUUUCUCCAUGAUUUGUAUCGCUAUUUUACACCAUAAGCUUGCUUUUAAAAAAUAUUCUAAGAAAACUCGCUUCGCAAUUCAACUAUAAACGUCCUCAAAAUUCGGACUCGGUAUAGGCUCUAAAAAUAAUGUCGCUUUGGGGGGUAAAAAAGAAUAUACCACGUUGUAGAGGACACUUAAUUGAACAUGUAAACAAAGUUUGAGCGAUAUCCUAAGAAAAUAAAUAUUCCGGUGAACUACUUUAACGGUGUUGAGUGGUGCAGCUCAUGCCGUCAGUAUAUAUAUAUAUAUACUUAUGGUACCGUGAUUCAGAUGCACAUUUAUACAUGUACGUGUUAAAUAGAAUGAAAAUUAAACUGAACCACUCAUCAAUGUCUGCGUUAUAAAAUUUAGUCUCAAUCGGAAAGUUUGCAACCGCCCAAUUAAGUGUUAAGUUUAGUGAAUCAUUCUAUAUCUACCGAAAGAAUAAUAAAUAGAGUAGUAGAGCUCUCUGAGCAUUUUUCUCCGCAAUAUAGGCCAUUGUUAGAAACGUUCGCUCGCGCAAAAACGACGAUUAGAUUGAUCAAUGGAUUUUCCGUGUCGCAAUUAUAUAAUAGAUAAACGAUGGAUGAUCGGCUCCUCUAUAAUCGUAUUCAUGUAUGUAGAAAGCACGCGUAACAUUGCUAAAUUCGACCGGCGCUCAUUAGACACACAUUCCAGAGCAAUUAGUCUAGCUUCAUAUAAGUACUAGCUAUAGUUAUCUCAGAGUAUACAGUAGUCGAAAAGCACAUCUAGUCUCACGUGCUUAUCUCUAUACCGCACCGAUGUAGCCGAUACCUCCUCGGAAUCCUCGUAUCAGGUUGAGAGGAGCCAGAGACUACAUUUCGAAAGCCGAUACAUUUCUCUCUGCUAACGAUAAAUCGGCAUAGGUACACGAGUGUACAUAGGAUCGCCGGUCAUCCGCGCCCGCACACAACGCGUGCGUGGUGUACACAAAGAGAUAGAGAUAGAGCGCGAGAGAGAGAGAGAGAGAGAGAGAGAGAGUAGGGAGAGAGUCGCCGCGUCACGGCCAACACGCAGCGCACGCCGGGAAAAAGAGCCGCUGACCCGCGCACCAUUCCAUUCGGCUCUCGGGAUUCGGCCGGUCGAGUAGUUGUUGUAUAUAGUGUAUACAUAGCGGCUCGAUGAGAGCGACUCUGUGUUGUUGUAGUGCGUAGCAUACAUGUAGCCGGGCUGCAGCUCGCGAGAAGCAGAUAAGAGUAAAUAUCGUCGAUUAUACACGCAUAUAAAGCCUCCUUAGAUGAGCCGCGCUCGAUCGUGCUGCAGCCGCGCGUCUUUCACGCGGUCUGCCGAAGCCUCGUUUUUGGGCGUUUUCUGAAGCGAAUUAGUGAAUGCGUUGGUGUGCGCAACAGCUGUGAGAGCUUUGUAGGAGCUGUUUGUGUGAUUCGAUACAUCAGGAAGUAUAAUAAAUAGACAGCGGUAAACAUGCAGGACAUCGAGAGUUUUGGCAAGUAUCAGCUGACGAUCUACGGGCUCAUCACGCUGCCGCUCAUACUCUCGGCGGGAUUCACGCUCGACUUCGUCUUCACCGCCGGACCCGUCGAUUUGAGGUGCGCGGUACCGGAAUGCGAGAACCCGAGCAACGCGUCCUUCGCUGGCCCAGCCUGGUUGAAGAGCUCUCAGCCGGACGAUUCUUCCAAGUACUGCAUGCGCUACGAGCCGGCCAACCCAAACAUCGGUUCGACGAACAACGACUGCUCGGAUCCGUCCUUCUUCCAGAACAAGACGAUCAAAUGCGACCAACUGAUCUACGAUCCCGACGAUCUCACCAUCAUGAACGAGUGGGGAAUAACUUGCGACACCCAAUGGAUGCUGAAUCUCGUCGGAACGAUAAACAACGUGGGCCAGCUCGUCGGGCUGACUUUCGCCUCGCCGCUGUCCGACAAAUACGGACGCAGGACAGUCCUCGCCGUGAUAACCUUCCUCGCGGGUUUAAGCGGUGUGAUACACUCGUUCGCCGUUAAUUACUUGAUGUUCGUAAUCUUCGAAUUCAUCGACGCCUGCUUCGCCGCCGGUAUCUACAGCGCCGGCUUCAUUUACGCCAUGGAGAUGACCGGCGUGGAGAAGAGGAUCCUGGGCAGUACCAUAAUAUCCUGCAUCUUCGCGAUCGGUGAGGUGUGGCUCGGCUUGGCCGCGAUGUGGAUGAGGAACUGGAGGUUCCUCAUGCGGCUCAUCUACGGGCCUGGUUUGCUCGUCAUUUUGCUCAUGUUCAUACUUCCGGAAUCCGUGAGGUGGUUGCUGGCCAACGACAAACGCGACAUGGCUGAGAAGAUUUACAGGAAAAUGGCUCGGGUGAACAAGAUCGAUCUGUCCGAGGAGGCCUUCCUCGAGCUCAAGAGCAUAAACAGCGAAAAGCCCAGUGAGAGCGAAGAGAAGAAAACGAAGCAAGAGCUGACGCAGGAGAAGAAGGCGAGUAAAGAGGAGCCGACGAGGCUGAUGACGAUAUUCAAGAGUCCCAAGAUUCUCGUGCGACUGAUGAUCUGCUCGUUCUGCUGGUUCACCAACAACUUCGUCUACUACGGCUUGUCGCAGAACGCCACGACCCUGUUGGCCGGCAACAAGUACAUCAAGUUCAUAGUCGUCGUCGCCAUCGAGAUUCCCAGCAACAUCCUCGUCCUGCCGCUGCUCAAUCGAGUCGGACGUAAGGCUACUCUCUGCGGAACCUUCAUCCUCACUGGGGUCUUCCUUCUGGCCAUUGAAUUCGUGCCGGACGCCGAUCACGGAUUCUUGCCGAUCCUGGCGCUGCUCUUCUACGUCUGCGCCAAGGCCUGCAUCACCAUGGCCUUCUCGACCUCGUACGUCUACACGACCGAGCUCUUCCCCACGACGCUCAGGCACUCGCUGCUCGGCAUCUGCAGUAUGACCGGCCGCCUCGGUUCUAUCCUCGCUCCGCAGACGUCGUUACUGGCCAAGCUCACUUACGAGGGAGUGCCAGUUUUGCUGUUCGGAAGCGUGACCCUCACCGCGGGACUCUUGUCGCUGACCUUCCCCGAGACGCUGGGGACGAAAUUGCCGGAUACGCUAUUCGAAGCCGAGCAAAUCGGCUGCGACAAGUACAAAGAAAAGGCGGAAGGCAACGGCAUCGCACCGACGUCCGCCGCUUGAUUUCCUCGACACGCGCAUCCGGACUCUAUGAAUUUUUGCAUUUAGAUAGCAUGAAUCAUUUUUCUCCUUAUUUGUCCAUAAUAGUCUUCUUUCGCAUCGUUCACCCGAUUUUGCCGACCUGCAAGAUGGUGUACCGGAGAAGGAAGUGUCGCGAAUACCGUCAGUACUUAUAUUUCAGGCUCGCGAAAAAGUGCGAUGAAGAAGACGUAAUUAUACGAUGUCAAUAAAAUUACCCUUGCGUGACGAGUUGCGUCAAGGCACUAAACUGCCAGGCAGAGAGAGAGAGAGAGAGAGAGAGAGAGAGAGAGAGAGAGAGAGAGAGAGCAAGAGAAAGAAAUUGUAACCGCGAAACGCCCGCGGGAUCGACAUAAUUAAGAUGAAUCCGCGUAUAACCGAACGGAUUGUAAUUUGUUGUGUUUUGAUAUUUCACUGACACGCGCUCGAUUGCGUGUAUUUAUAAUAUUACCGAUGAUUAUGACUAUACGUUAUACUUUGUACGCCAGUUGCGAACUGUACCGAUCUUUAGCAGCUAUGUACUGUGCUCGUUCAUUGAAUAUAUAGGGCAUUGCGUCACGAGUAUAAUUAUAAAGUAUAUCCUUAUAUUUUAGCAUUCUUUUACGCGUUCUCUCUUCAUUCGAUUAGAUGUGAAUUCGGGCUAUUGGUGCAACGUUGUCGAAUCGACGCCAGACAGCAUGUCGCUAUAAACAUUAAAAUUAUCUUUUUUUCCCCGUAGGGUAUUUUAAUUUUAUCACUUUCAUUCGACUUUUACGUGAUACAAAGAAGAAAAAAAAACAUUCCAACGUGGGUCGGAAAAAAAGUCGCGAUAAAAACAUUGGAUGGGCGAAGCAUGGCAGAUAAGAAAAUGCGUGCGAGCACUCGAUCGGUAUGGACAAACUACGCAUUGUCGUAUAUAGUUAACGCGUUAUAGAUUAAAAAGAACUGAUACAGUAUUAUAAAUGUAAACCAUCCAUUUCACGUUGUACUUUCCCCGAUGUGUUGAAAAAAACAUGAAGAUUUUUCAGUGCUGCGAUGCACGAUGCCAUUUCUAUACUGUGCGUUUAAUAUAGUGCAUUUAACGUUGAAACUGUGCCAAAAUAAAAAUUGAGUGUGUCCGCAUAAAUAAAUUGCACAACUCAUCAAUAUUUGUAAUAUUAUUUCAUGUGAAUGGUUGAAAAUAUCAGUAUCUUAAUAAAAUCUUUAAUGAGCCUUUUGUUAGAUAAAAAAUAAGAUGUUAAAACUAUUAAAAGACGCACAACGUCUACUGAUCAGAGUUCAGUGUAGCAAAUAUAGUUUCUGAUGCAUUAUACGAUGAUUGAUUUUAGCAUGAGUGAUUUGUAUAUAUGCUACAAAAAAUUAAGCGUUUCAUUAACUAACAUCGUUUAUAAUAUAGUUUAAUAAAAAAAUGAUAAAAAAAA